AUGGAGGGAGUAAGCUCGAAUGCUAACCACUCAGAUCAAGAAUUUCCGAUAUCUUUCGAUUUAGAAAAUAUUCAAGUUACUAAUGAUAAUAAUAGAUCAUUAAAUAUUCAAAAUGAUUCUAUUAAAGGCUCUAGAAGAAACUCUUUGAUUUCAAUGGAUCCUUCUAUUGAAUCAAACAUUUUUUUAGCAAGAAGAAUUUCAUCAGCACAGACAGGCUCUCCAAAUUGUAAAAUUAGUGCUGAUAUUCCCAUAAGUCAAUAUGUUUUAGGUACCCAAUCACAAGCAGAAACUGAUUCACAAGAGUCAAUUGACAUAUUACCGCCAUCACAAUACAGAUUACAAAAUAAAUCUAUAAAAUCUUCAAGAUUAGAGCCAAGUUCGUCCAAUUCAAACACUUCAGUAAGCUUAAUAGAUGAAAAAACUGGUCUAAUUAAAGUUAAUUAUACAGAUGUUCCAACUAUGGGAGGUUAUAGAUCUUAUCCACCUGCAUUACCAUCUAAAGAUCUUUUUGAAGUAACAUUUGAUGGACCUGAUGAUAAAUUGCAUCCCUUCGAUUGGUCAGUAAGGGAUAAAACCAUCACUUGCUCAAUACUAUGUUUAGAUUGUAUUACAAUAGCUCUAGGUUCAUCUAUUUUCGCUCCUGGUAUCCCACAACUUUGUGAACAAUACAAUAUAAUUACAGUAGUUGAAAUUUUAGGUGUUACAUUAUAUGUAUUAGGGUUUGCUGCUGUGCCCGUGUUAUAUGCACCACUCUCUGAAUUGUAUGGCAGAAAGGGUGUUCUUGUCCUCUCGGGCUUAAGAUUUUGUCUUAUCCAAAUAGCAGUAGCAACUGCUGAGAACCUACAAACUAUUAUGAUUUGUAGAGUUUUUAAUGAAUUAAUUUGCAGUGCUCCAAUGGUUGUUGUUCCUGCUGUCUUUGCAGAUAUGUUUGAUACUAAUUUUCGUGGCAAAGCUAUAUGUUUAUUUACCGUCUUUGUUUUCAUUGGACCUAUCCUAGGACCAGUUAUGGGUUCAUAUAUCGUUCAACACACAACUUGGAGACGACUAAGUUAUGUGGUUGGAUGUUUAGGAGGGCUAGUAUUUGUUCUGUUGCUAUUCAUUAAAGAAUCACACCAUGUAACAAUACUAGUAUAUAAAGCCAAAAUGAUAAGAAAGAAAACAGGUAAUUGGGGUAUCAGAGCUGCACAUGAAGAUGCAGAAUUAUCCAUCAAGGAAAUUUGUAAAACAACCACCACAAAACCCAUUGUAAUCUUAUUCACUGAACCAGUUUUAUUGAUAAUAUCUUUGUACAAUUCUUUUGUAUAUGGAAUACUGUACCUACUUCUAGGAGCUUACCUUAUUGUUUUCAUUGAAUGGUAUAGAAUGCUUGCAAAUGGGUAUUUACCUUAUUUGUCUUUGAUUGUUGGUAUUAUAAUUUGUUCCAUUAUGAUUUGGUACGCAGAUGCAGAUUACUCUCAGAAUGUGGCAAAACAAUGGAAGUUACUACCAGAAAGAAGAUUAUNNNAGCCAAUGAUUAUUGCAGGUCUAGCAUACCCAAUUGGUAUCUUAUGGUUCUGCUGGACUGGCUAUUAUCCGAAAGAUAUUCAUUGGGUUGUUCCUACUAUUGCUGGUGGUUUUACAGGGUUUGGAUUAUUGGAUAUUUUCCUGCCUUGUUUGAAUUACAUUAUUGAAUCAUAUUUAUUCAUUACAACUUCUGCAGUUGCUGCUAAUACUUUCAUGAGAUCAGGAUUUGGGGCACGUUUCCCAUUAUUUGCAGGAUAUAUGUUCCACAAUAUGGGUACUGGGUGGGUAGGUUUAUUAAUAGGGUUAUUAGCAGUAGGGGCUAUUCCCGUUCCUUUUCUGCUGUUAAAGUAUGGACCAAGUAUCAGAAAGAAAUCUAAAUUUGCAUAUAGCGCCUAG